AUGACCUGCACAGUGAACAAAGGCUCUCAGCCCUACGUUCAACCCCUACUCUUCAGCGGUACGUUCAACCCCUACUCUUCAGCGCCCUACGUUCAACCCCUACUCUUCAGCGGUACGUUCAACCCCUACUCUUCAGCGGUACGUUCAACCCCUACUCUUCAGCGGUACGUUCAACCCCUACUCUUCAGCGGUACGUUCAACCCCUACUCUUCAGCGCCCUACGUUCAACAACUACUCUUCAGCCCUACUUUCAACCCCUACUCUUCAGCCCUACGUUCAACCCCUCCCCCUCAGCCCUACGUUCAACCCCUACUCUUCAGCGGUACGUUCAACCCCUACUCUUCAGCGGUACGUUCAACCCCUACUCUUCAGCGGUACGUUCAACCCCUACUCUUCAGCGGUACGUUCAACCCCUACUCUUCAGCGCCAUAUGUUCAACCACUCACCUUCUACCCUACUUUCAACCCCUCCUCUUCAGCGUUACGUUCAACCCCUCCCCUUCAGCCCUACGUUCAACCCCUCCCCUUCAGCCCUACGUUCAACCCCUACUCUUCAGCGCCCUACGUUCAACCCCUACUCUUCAGCCCUACUUUCAACCCCUACUCUUCAGCCCUACGUUCAACCCCUCCCCCUCAGCCCUACGUUCAACCCCUACUCUUCAGCGGUACGUUCAACCCCUACUCUUCAGCGCCCUACGUUCAACCCCUACUCUUCAGCCCUACUUUCAACCCCUACUCUUCAGCCCUACGUUCAACCCCUCCCCCUCAGCCCUACAUUCAACCCCUACUCUUCAGCGGUACGUUCAACCCCUACUCUUCAGCGGAUGGCUCCCUCCUGUCAUCUGCCUUCCUACUCCCACACACUUCCUACUCCCAUACACUUCCUACUCCCACCUACUUCCUACUCCCACACACUUCCUACUCCCACACACUUCCUACUCCCACACACUUCCUACUCCCACACACUUCCUACUCCCACCUACUUCCUACUCCCACCUACUUCCUACUCCCACCUACUUCCUACUCCCACACACUUCCUACUCCCACACACUUCCUACUCCCACACACUUCCUACUCCCACACACUUCCUACUCCCACACACUUCCUACUCCCACACACUUCCUACUCCCACACACUUCCUACUCCCACACACUUCCUACUCCCACACACUUCCUACUCCCACCUACUUCCUACUCCCACACACUUCCUACUCCCACCUACUUCCUACUCCCACACACUUCCUACUCCCACACACUUCCUACUCCCACACACUUCCUACUCCCACACACUUCCUACUCCCACCUACUUCCUACUCCCACCUACUUCCUACUCCCACACACUUCCUACUCCCACACACUUCCUACUCCCAUCUACUUCCUACUCCCACACACUUCCUACUCCCACCUACUUCCUACUCCCACCUACUUCCUACUCCCACCUACUUCCUACUCCCACCUACUUCCUACUCCCACCUACUUCCUACUCCCACACACUUCCUACUCCCACACACUUCCUACUCCCACACACUUCCUACUCCCAUACACUUCCUACUCCCACCUACUUCCUACUCCCACACACUUCCUACUCCCACACACUUCCUACUCCCACACACUUCCUACUCCCACCUACUUCCUACUCCCACCCACUUCCUACUCCCACCCACUUCCUACUCCCACACACUUCCUACUCCCACACACUUCCUACUCCCACACACUUCCUACUCCCACACACUUCCUACUCCCACACACUUCCUACUCCCACACACUUCCUACUCCCACACACUUCCUACUCCCACACACUUCCUACUCCCACACACUUCCUACUCCCACACACUUCCUACUCCCACCUACUUCCUACUCCCACCCACUUCCUACUCCCAGACACUUCCUACUCCCUGAACUCUCACAGCCACUAG